AUGAGCAGUUCAAGAACAAAUGACACGUUUGAUGAUGUAUUGGCAUAUGUAAAGACAGUGAGAUCUGUGUUUGAAGAUAAGAUUGAAAAGUUUGACGAAUUUGUCAGACUCAUACGUGAUUAUGAGGCCAGAAGAAUUGAAAUAGAAGCUGUCAAAGAUGAUCAGAAAAAUGGUGAGCGGCAAGGUGAUGACAAUGCCUUAGCAGUCAAAGAGGAACAGAAAGAUGAUAAACAUCAAGGUGAUGAUGUUGCAUUAGCAGUCAAAGAUGAAGAACAAGUUUGA